AUGGGAUUACAACUACAACUGAUCGCACGCAUCGGAAAAGAAAAGACGGAACCAAUGGCUAAUCCAAGUACUAGGCAAAAAGACAUAAUAGUUCCCGCUAAACCUUUAUUAACGCCUUCAACUUGUGGCGCAGCCAUCAUUGUUCUUGUUCCAUAUGAACCAACAUCAACAUUGCACAUUAAGAAAAUUGGAAAAAAUAUAAUACGUGCAAUCGACAUGAGUGCAAGUUUUACAGAAUCUGUUGUGACAAAUGAUUGUAAAGAUG